UUUUCCUUGUUUGUCUGAAACACUCUCUCUCUCUCCUUGCUCACUAAUUUCGAAGAGAACAAGAAAAACAAAGAAAAAACAAAUCAAGGAUCAAUGGCGGAUCAACUGACCGACGAUCAGAUCUCUGAGUUCAAGGAAGCCUUCAGUCUAUUCGACAAGGAUGGAGAUGGCUGUAUCACAACUAAGGAGCUUGGCACUGUCAUGAGAUCAUUGGGGCAGAACCCGACUGAGGCAGAGCUCCAGGACAUGAUCAAUGAAGUGGAUGCUGAUGGUAAUGGGACCAUUGACUUUCCUGAGUUCUUAAACCUCAUGGCCAGGAAGAUGAAGGACACGGACUCUGAGGAGGAGCUGAAAGAGGCUUUCAGAGUGUUUGACAAGGAUCAGAAUGGCUUCAUUUCAGCUGCGGAGCUCCGCCAUGUGAUGACCAAUCUUGGGGAGAAGCUCACAGAUGAGGAAGUGGAUGAGAUGAUCCGGGAGGCUGAUGUUGAUGGGGAUGGGCAGAUAAAUUAUGAGGAGUUUGUCAAGGUGAUGAUGGCUAAGUGAGAUGCCACUAGUCGAACCCCAACUCACUUAUGAACCAAAGAAGAAAAGGGGAAGGGGAAGAGGGGGAGAACAUGUUUAAUUUUAAUUUGGGAUUCCUAGCUUCCAUUUUUAUGUUAUGGUUUUUGUAAUCAAGCCUUGAAAGAGUAUUAGACUCUUGUUGUGGAGGUGGUGUGGUCUUUUGACAAUGUUUUGGCAGUUCAAUUUGUUUUUUAUUCUCA